AUAGAGAAGUUGGGAGAUAUCUGCAUUUCCCUUCGUUACGUCCCCACGGCCGGGAAGUUCACGAUUAACAUCAUGGAGGCCAAGAACCUGAAGAAGAUGGACGUCGGAGGACUUUCAGAUCCCUUUGUGAAGGUGGUUCUUCAGCACAAUGGAAAGAGACUGAAGAAGAAGAAGACGUCGGUCAAACAGAACACUCUGAAUCCGUAUUUCAACGAGAGUUUCAGUUUCGAGAUCCCCUUCUCUCAGAUCCAGAAAGUGCAGGUGCUGAUCACCGUGUAUGAUUACGAUAAGUUGGGCAGUAACGACGCCAUCGGGAAGUGUUGGAUGGGCUACGGAGCGUCGGGCAUCGGGAUCAAGCAUUGGUCGGAAAUGUUGGCCAAUCCCAGGCGUCCGGUGGCCCAGUGGCACUCGCUGUGCCCGGAGGAGGAGGUGGACGCCGCUCUGAAGGCGCCCAUCCGCUAA